AUGUUUCAGCUUUGGAAACUUGUUCUCUUUUGCGGUCUGCUCGCUGGGACUUCAGCGUCUCAGUCUUCUGCUGACAAGAAUGCUGUGAACAAGCUAAAAUCUGCUCUUGAAGAAGGACUUGUGACUGAUGACACUAUGUUUGAAUCUAUUGUUAAGGAAUCGAAGGUUGAUUUCACGUCGUUAGAGGAAUCCAAGUGUUCAGAGACGGCCACGGCAAUCGUGGACAAGGAGUUUUCUAAAGACUUUCAAGUAGCAUACCCAUGUUUCUGGUUAAGAAUCAGUUGCAUCAAAAUUGAGUCAAUCACAAUCAAAGUGCUUCCUAAUGGCUUUAAAGUGACGAUCGCCAUCACCAUUAAGGUCACCGUGACUCUGCCUCCGUGGGGCACGAUUAUUAACCUGACCCUCAACUUGGUCCUCCAGAGAACUGUCACCAUUGAAACUGGUGUUGUUAUUAUUGAAGGAUGCACCCACAUACCAGCCAGGAUCAUACUCCCCUCACUGAAAAGUUUCUCCUCUAGCCCCUUUGGAUCACUCAAGGAAAUCAACAACACUGCUGUCACAUUUGUGAAUGAGGUGGAGACCUUCGUAGUGCAGUCCAUGGUGUGCCCACGAAUCUACACCAUCAUCAGCUCCCUGGAUGUGAGUUUUAUUAAGGAAGUCAUCGGUGAACUUCAGAAAACCCAAGUGGAAGUCAAAACUGAAGAGCGCAGAUAA